CAAAUCCAAAUGUGUUUCAGGAGUACAAUGCGUCAAUUGAGUCCAACUAGGCUCCCUUCAUGGUGGAGUCUGAUUCAUACCUUGAAACAUAUCAUACUGUCUUGAGAUGGCUAGUGAACCUUGCUGCUAUAACCGAACAUGGCAGGAGCUAGGAAGGAGUUGAUGUGUUAGUGUUUGAGAGCUAUAUCUAAUGGAUGCACAAGUGUAACAAGCCUCAGAUCAAUGCUAUCCAAACACAGCAGGAUCUAGGAAGGAGUUGAUGUGUUGGUGCUUGGAGCUAUGUGUGGUGGAUGUACAAGCAUAUAGAACAAGCUUCAUAUCAAUGUUAUAACCGUUCACGGCUUUCACCUCUUCCUCCAGAACCAGUUGCUCUCAACUAUGGUUGUGAUGCAAAUCAUGACAUCUCUCUUGAUGCAGUUACUAGACCCAAUUUAAGAGGAAAGGGAGGGAGAUUGGCCAUGGUAGUUGAACGUAACCAGCAACAGGAGGUAUAUCAUGGAGAUUGAACUUGUGAAACAUGCAGACUUUUACAAGUUUCACUCAUCUGUUUCUUUUAGGAUAUACAACACAGGAAGUGAAGCAGGAAAGAAGAGGAUUUAGCAAGAGAUUGGCCACCAUUUGCCCCAGUUGUUCAUUAUGAUGUUGCAAAUGAUAAUGCUGAUUUAUGACAAAAGUUGAUGUUUAUUGCCCUUCCAUCAUUCUUAGCAUGCAUCAAAGGGGAAAGAUGGAAGCAUCAUACUGGGGAAUUGGAUCUCGUCUUCCCAUCUUGAUGAUAGUUCGCAACAUCUUACAAGAAGUAAAGAUCAACCAUUACUGUUUUGAACAUAUACACAAUUGUCAGAAUAUCAAAAACAUGUUCAUAUAUCUAUUUAUGCCUUAUGGUGAACAGAAGGGAAAAACUCUUGACAGGAAACAGAGAUUUGACCCUAAAGAUUUUGCUAAUUGUGUUUUCAUUGGUUCUUACUUGGACUAUCUAAUACAUGGAAUGAGAUUAU